AUGGGUCAAUUUCAUGGUUGUCAACGAAAAACGGCCGAUAAUGGUCCAGUCGCUUAUGCUUCAAAAGCCUUGAAUGAAACCCGGCGUAGAUACGCUCAAAUAGAAAAAGAGCUUCUAGCCAUUGUCUUUGGCUGCAAACGAUUUCACCAAUACGUCUAUGGUAAAACGAUCACCAUAGAAACAGACCACAAGCCUCUCGAGAACAUUUUUCGCAAGCCCUUAUCUCAAGCACCAAGCCGUCUUCAGAAAAUGCUGAUGCAGGUUCAAGAAUAUGAUAUUAACCUAGUCUAUAAGAAAGGUAGCGAAAUGUACCUAGGCAGAUGCAUUAUCCCGCGCAUUUCCACCCGAGCUCAAAGAAGAACAAUUCGAAAGGGACAUGAACUCCGAGCGAUUUAUUCACUUUAUGUCAACUGCGUCGUAUGUAACUGCCCGAAAGAUUGUAGCAAUCAAAACCGAGAUUCGUCAAGACGAGACCAUGCAAACGCUUCGUGAACAGAUCGAGAAAGGUUGGCCUGAGCAUCGUUCAUUCGUCCCACCAGAAAUACGAACUUAUUUUCCUUAUCGUCACGAUAUCACCACCCAAGAUGAUAUCAUAUACAAAGCCCAUUACAUCCUAAUCCCUCACAAAUUACGAGCGGAAACCCUCACCAAACUACAUCAUUCCCAUCAAGGUAUCGAGAAAACCAAACGACUUGCUCGCGAAACUAUCUUUUGGCCCGGAAUGAGCGCGCAAAUUGAGGAACACGUAUCAAAAUGCGAAGCAUGCCAGACGAAUGCUAACGCUAACCACGAGAACCUCUCAAACCACGACACAAUCCCUCGUGGCAGAAAAUCGUUACAGACCUUUUCGAAUGGAAAGGUAAACCACAUUUAAUCGUUGUAGAUUGUUAUAGUCGCUAUCCAGAGGUUGCAGAACUACGCAACACCAAGGCACGAACAGUUAUUUCAAAGACCAAAUCAAUAUUUAGUAGACACGGCAUUCCCGACGAGGUCAUAUCAGACAAUGGACCUCAAUAUUCCUCACAAGAAUACCAGCAAUUCGCGAAAGAUUACGACUUUACCCAUACAACGAUAAGCCCGAGAUAUCCUCAGUCUGGUGGUCUACACGAGAAAACCGUACAGAUGGUAAAGAACGUCUUGGAAAAAUGUCAAGCGCACAACCAAGAUCCCUAUUUGGCACUCCUCGACUAUAGAAAUACUCCCAUAGACGGUGUAAGUCCAGCACAAGCCAUAGUGAGUCGACGACUUCGAUCGGUUCUACCAAUAGUGCAACACAAACUCGCACCAUCAGUCAUCAAUGGCGCGCAAUUUUCUACUAAUCUACAACGCCAGCAACAACACCAGAAACGCUACUACGACAAAACCGCCAGUUCUCUUCCUCCCCUGCGAAAAGGUGAAAUAGAGAGAUUUAAAUAUGAUCCCAACUCGAAAUGGGAGAAGGCAAAAGUCGUUCAACCACACGUAACACCGCGAAGUUACAUCAUUGAAACGAAAGACGGAGUACAGUACAGGAGAAACAGACGAUACCUACGGCGAACUGGCGAACCUCCUUUCGAGACGACCGAAGCGCAUAUUGAGAAUUUUAUGCCAACGUAUAAAGCCAGUCAUGACCAGACACGGGGAACCAACCAUCCCAACACAACUACAGGAGAAGCUCCUAAAAGAAGUCGAUAUGGACGUUUGAUCAAUCAAAACCCGAACUAUAAAACCUGA